AUGCGCCUCUCGAGAUUCCAGGCGGCCAACGUGCGGCAGCGGCUGCCGCUGCAUCCGCGCACCCGCCAACCGACCACUCGACUCCUGCAGUUGGGCCCCGGACACGGACGCGAGCUCACGACCCUCGCGAUCGAGACGUCGUGCGACGACACGGCCGUGGCCAUCCUCGAGCGUGACGACAAGACGGGGGAGCACACCCUCCUCUUCAACGAGCGGAUAUCCUCCGACCACAGGAGGUUCAGGGGAAUCGAGCCCCUCGUCGCGGUCCAGGGCCACACCACCUCGCUGGCGCCUCUGGUCCGGAAGGCCGUCGGCCACCUGCCCGGUGGGCCUGCCUCGACGGGCGCGGCGGCGGCGACGACGGCACGGGCGCAGAGGAAGGGCGUUCCCGACUUCGUAUCCGUCACGAGAGGGCCGGGCAUAAUGCCGAACCUGUCGGUCGGACUGUCGACGGCCAAGGGCCUGGCCGUGGCCUGGGGCGUGCCCCUCGUGGGGGUCCACCACAUGCAGGCUCAUGCGCUCACGCCGCGGCUGGCGAGGGCGCUGGGGUGGCGCAUGCCCGUCGACGACGGCCGGAGCGGGGGCCCGGGAGGCGAGGAGAGUCUGGCCCGGAGGCAGGGCGAGCGAGGCGAGGACCGGGAGAGAGGGCCGGAUUUCCCAUUCCUAUCCCUCCUCGUAUCAGGCGGCCACACCCAGCUGGUGCACUCGCGCUCGCUGACGGACCACGCCAUCCUGGCCACGACGGCCGACGUGGCCCUAGGGAACCUCCUGGACCACUCGGCACGGGACAUCUUGCCCGCCUCUGUCCUCGACUCGGCCCCGGACGUCAUGUACGGCCGCGUGCUCGAGGACUUUGCCUUCCCCGACGGCGGCACCCGGGCCGAGUACGAGUCCGCCUUUGCGCCGGGCCGGUCGCGCGGGGCCGAGGUAGCCGACGCACCGGCCCGGAGCGAGACCGGGGGGUACGGCUGGACCCUGCCGCUGCCGCUCCGCCAGACCCGCAGGAUGGCGUACUCGUUCGCCAGCAUCGGCACGACGGUCAGGCGCAUAGCCGAGUCGAGACGGGCCGCCGACCAGGACAUGGACGUCGACGAGCGUCGAGAGCUGGCCAGGCAGACCAUGGCCGUGGCCUUUAGACACCUCGUCGACAGGCUGUGCAUCGCCCUGGACGGCGACGGACACCACCACCACCACCACCAUCACCACUCGAGCGCGGGCGCGGGCGGGGUGCGGACUGUCGUGUUGGCCGGCGGGGUGGCGUGCAACCGCUUCCUCAUGCACGUCCUCCGGGCGACGCUGGACGCCCGCGGACACCGGGACAUGCGGGUCGUCGUCCCGCCGCCCGCGCUGUGCACCGACAACGCCGCCAUGAUCGCCUGGGCCGGCAUGGAGAUGUACCGCGCCGGGCACCACACCGACCUCGACGUGCUGGCCAUCAACAGGUGGCCAAUGGAUCCCGCGCAGGGGCCCGGUAUACUGGGUGUGCCCGGGUGGUUGAGGCGGCCUGGGUUCUGA